GUCGUCUGCGCGGCUCCGCGCAACGCGCUUCCCGCAGCCGACGUCGUCUGCUCCGCAACCGUGCCGCCGCGCGCCGCGCAUGCUGCCUCCGAGAUGGCAACGGAUGCCAUAGUAAUCUCAGAGGCCGCAGCUAGUGAUCUAAGUUGCAGACGUUCGCCACAAGCGGCGCUCGUUGCCUUUUCGCGGAGGAGAGAAAAUGGGGAGGGCCCGGAACCGAGUUUACGGAUAACGCGGCUGGCAUCUAGUAAAGGAGGCUUUGGUGUGUGGGAAACGCUGAUAAAAACGAGUCGUUGCAAACAUAGAGUUUCCUACAAAAAUUUCUGUAAGAAACUCUAUGGUUGCUAACCCCUCCCAGAAAGAGACAGCACGCCAAGCCAAGCCAAGCUGCACCAAUCCGGCGAUGCGCAAGGCGGGCAAGCGUAUUUGUUUGAACUUUGCGGCGUUUUUGUCAAAUAUGAAAUGAAACUUCUGAGCUGGAAUAUAAAUGGGCUUCGGUCCUUCAAGACAAGCAUGAAAGAUGUGCUACGUGAACUGGAUGCGGACAUAAUUUGCUUUCAAGAAACGAAGGCGACCCGCUCCGUCCUGGAAGAAAACUGGGCAAUUGUCGAUGGCUACAGCUCUUACUUUUCGUUCCCACGUCACCAGAGCGGUUACUCUGGCGUGGCAACGUACUGUAAGGACAGCUGUCGCCCGUUUGCGGCCGAGGAAGGAUUGACCGAUGUGUGGUCUAGUCCGCGGCGCAGUGACUGUGUGGGUUCCUACGGCGACACCUUAGCUUUUGACAGCAAGUUCCUCAGCACAGUCGACGGCGAGGGGCGUGCUGUCUUGACGUUGCACCAUGCUGUGUUUGGUGAAUAUACGAAGAGAGUGGCAGUCAUCAAUGUAUACUGCCCACGUGCUGAUCCCGACAGACCCGAGCGAGGUCAAAUGAAGUUGGACUUCUACAAUUUACUUGAACUACGAGCAAAGGCAUUGUUGGAAAACGGAAUGGAGGUGGUCAUAAUGGGUGACCUGAACACCUCGCACUGUAAGAUCGACCACUGUGACCCAUCCGAGGAUGAGGAAUUUUACUCCAACCCUGGACGCCAGUGGCUCAACGAGCUUCUGCUUACUCGGGAAGGUCCAGGUGGCCCUGAAGCAAUAAAAGGUGAACCAGAGAAGCCGUGCUUCCAUGAUACAUUCAGGGCACUCCACCCAACUACAGAAAAGGCAUUUACAUGCUGGAACACACGGCUCGGUGCACGCCAGACCAACUAUGGGACGCGCAUUGACUACAUACUUUGCAGCAGUGCAUUGUUGCCCUUUGUAAGCAGCAGUGAAAUCUUGCCUGAAGUGUUGGGCUCAGAUCAUUGCCCUGUCAAGGCCAGCCUUGCCUGUAUGCCGGUGUCCUCACCACAGUGCCCAUCUUAUUCAACAAGGCACUGGCCAGAAUUUUCAGGCCGGCAGCAAAGCAUUGCGGGAUUUCUGAGUAAAGAGCAUCGUGUGUCCAGUGUGAAGGCAACACAACCACCUGAAUCGCCACUCAAAAAGUGUGCCGGAACCAGAGGACAACCAGCAAAGAAGUUGAAGAUUUCAAAGAAUGGACAAUCUACAUUGAAGGGGUUCUUUGUAGUUGAGGACAAGGAAAAGGCCAAAGCAAGACAACUAGAUUCUGGUGCAGGAGGCACUAGUCUUACAAAUGGUGGCGAAGCGGAGUUUAGUGGCAAGAAAUUUUCUGCCAUAGAUGCAACCAGCUCUCAGUCGGAAACAACCAGCAACAUGCUACAAUCUGAACCCAGCUCAAUGCAGGAAACUGUGAAACAAGCAACUCAUUCUACAGCUUGGAAAAGUCUCCUUAAAGGCCCUCCUGUUGCACCCCUCUGCAAGGGCCACAGUGAGCGGUGUGUUCUUAGGACAGUGAAAAAGCCGGGGCCCAACCUUGGCCGUCAGUUUUUUGUUUGCCCACGGCCUGAGGGCCAUUCAUCAGACCCAAAUGCUCGCUGCAACUUCUUCCAGUGGGUCAACCCUCCCAAAAGGACAAAGGCAGCAGCUGAAGUUGCACUGCGAUGAUGGUGCCAAGUGCUUUAUUUGUGCUCGUAAGAUGCUGGAACGAGUGGAACUUGGCGUUAUAGUUGUGAGUAUGUCUUGCACCUUUAGAGACUCUGAAAGUCUAUGUAUGCUCAAGUUCAGGUACAGUGCUCAUUUCGCAGCAGUAUGCAUUAAGGUAAACUUGUAACAGUGCCUUGUUUAGUUGGUUUGCUUGGUUUGCUUGUUUAUUGGUCUGUCUGUCGUUUCCCCAGUGCUGCUGUGUCUGGCAAGUGUACAAGCUUGUUGAACAGUAGUAGCAUUUUAACACUUAAACAUUUAUCAGAGCUAACUCAAUUGUAUGUGUUCUGACUGAAUUCUAUGCGUUCAAUUUACUUUGUGCCAGCUGAAUGGAAUGACUUCAUGCAGUACAAGAUAUGAAUAUUUGGCAUGGCUUGUACCACAAAAUUUUAUUUUGAGAGCUGCUUACACAUGGAAUCGCACCCGAGACUUACAUGUGCUAACAGUUAAUUACUUUAUCUUCUUAUUUUCGUGGCAGACGUGUGCAGGGUUGUUCACUCUGGGAAAAACAUGCCAUUAGUAUUCAAGCACUCAUUGCAAGUUAAAUUUGAGAUAAAGGCCUACAGAAUAAUUGUUCACUAGCAGACAUGUGACCUGUCAAAUUAAACUGCAAGGUAAAAAAAACAGUAAAGUGAUAUCAGAAUGAAUACUAACAGACGCCUCCACAUUAGACCUUCUAGCCUACGCCAGGGCUGCCUUCACAGACAGAUGGUCUGAAAAAAUGCUUAUGGGUACUGGACAGUCAUUGACUGAAUUGUCUCCGCAAGGAGAAACAGCACAUCAAUCCAAGAGAGGCAACCUCCCAGAAUCUGAGUUGUCUGCUUCUGAAGGAAAGCUAGCAUGCACUGGUCGGGAAUUGGCCAUGACUUGCCCACUUCAAGUACAAGUUUAUGAUCCUCAUUAUUGCAAGCAAAGCAUUAACACUUGCAUUUACUUGAUGCUACUGUUUUGUACCUUUUAUAGUAUAUGUGUCAUGCCAGUUCUAAAUUCUCGAACAAUAAUUUUUUAGGGAAUACCAUUUUCAGUGAAUGCUUGUGGCUAAAGGGAACAAAAGUAGUACACAGGAAAAGCUCCGACUCGCCACUUCUUCACUGCUGUCCGACCCCUUGAACAACAUUCUUCACCUGUAAGCAUCUUUACUUCUUUUCAUGGAUAAUUUCGUUUCUCAAGAAAACUCGUGUAAUAAGGUCUGUCGUAACCUUUAAGACUUUUCAACACUGCUAAAUCACGGGACAACAAAGGCAACACGUGUGCCCAUGUGUUGCCAUUCUUGUCCCGUCAUUCAGCACUGUUCAAAAAGUUCAGUGUCCCAACAAACUAAAUUUUCAACCCAUCAGCAACCUUUCUAGGAGUUCAGCUCCCAAACUCUCAAGAAGUGUGGCCAACUCUCACUUACAGUGAAACAGAAGGCAAUGUCGCUGCAUGUUUGUGAAAUCAUACUUUGAAGCCCACUAAAGAGUUUUACCAGUA